CCAAAUUGACCAAGUUCUUCCCCCAAUCAUUCCCCAACAGUGCCCCAAUUUCCACUGUUAAAAACACGUUUGGUCGCGCUGAGAAGCACCUAAGAGAGUCACAUUUGUUUAUUGAUGCGUGUUAAAUGGAUACCUUGUUUAGACUCGUAAGCUUCCAUCAGCAGCAGCAACAACAACAACCGGAUCCAUCCCUGAACUCCACGACCAGCAGAACAUCUAGCAGCUCUAGAUCCUCCCGCCAAAACUACUACCACUACUCCCACCAAGAAGACGAAGAAUGCUUCAACUUUUACAUGGAUGAUGAAGACUUAUCCUCCUCUUCCUCCAAACACUAUUACCAAUACCAACCCCACGUUUCCACAAACACCACCAACACCAACACCACCACCUUCAGCAACACCACUGAUUACUCCUACUCCUUCUCCCCCACCCCACCUAUACCCGACUUCAACUUCGAAUUCUCCCCCAACUGGUCUCACAACCUCUUAUUGGAAACCGCACGCGCCGUCGCCGAAAACAACCGCACGCGCCUCCAUCACCUCCUCUGGAUGCUCAAUGAGCUCAGCUCCCCCUACGGCGACACCGACCAAAAGCUCGUCGCCUAUUUCCUCCAAGCCCUCUUCAGCCGCGUCACCGACGACGGCGACCGAACCUACCGAACCCUAGCCUCGGCGUCGGAGAAAACAUGCUCCUUCGAAUCCACCAGAAAAACGGUGCUCAAGUUCCAAGAAGUAAGCCCCUGGACAACGUUCGGACACGUGGCGUCCAACGGCGCCAUCCUCGAAGCCCUAGAGGGAAACCCCAAAUUGCACAUUCUCGACAUCAGCAACACCUAUUGCACGCAAUGGCCAACGCUUCUGGAAGCGCUCGCCACGCGAACCGACGAAACGCCGCACCUUAGGUUAACCACCGUCGUCUCGGGAAGACCCAACAACUCCGUCCACCGCGUCAUGAAGGAAAUCGGAGCUAGGAUGGAGAAAUUCGCCAGGCUCAUGGGAGUGCCGUUUAAGUUCAACGUCGUCCACCACGCCGGCGAUCUCUCUGACCUCAAUUUCUCCGAGCUCAACAUCAAACACGACGAGGCCUUGGCCGUGAACUGCGUGAACGCGCUGCAUUCGGUUUCCGCGGCGGGGAACAACCGCGACACGUUGAUAUCCUCGCUGCAAGCGUUGCAGCCGAGAAUUAUAACCGUGGUGGAGGAGGAAGCCGAUUUGGACGUUGGAAUCGACGGUUACGAGUUCGUUAAAGGGUUCGAAGAGUGCUUCAGGUGGUUUAGGGUUUACUUCGAGGCUCUGGACGAGAGCUUCGUGAAGACGAGCAACGAGAGGCUGAUGCUGGAGCGCGCCGCGGGGAGGGCGGUGGUGGACCUCGUGGCAUGUUCGCCGGCGGAGUCCGUGGAGCGGCGGGAGACGGCGGCGCGGUGGAGCGCGCGUCUGCAUGGCGGAGGGCUGAACGCGGUGGCGUUCAGCGAGGAGGUUUGCGACGACGUGAGGGCGCUGUUGCGGAGGUACAAGGAGGGGUGGUCGAUGGCGCAGUGCUCCGACGCCGGAAUAUUCCUCUCGUGGAAAGACACGCCGGUGGUGUGGGCCAGUGCAUGGAGGCCCUAACCUUGACGUAAGCUCCAGAAGCAAAGGAAUCGUAUGCAUUUGACAUGGGUGAAUGUCUCGCACGUGUUCUCGGUUUUUUUGGCACGUGCCCAAGAUCAUUAAUAUUCCGAGUUUUCUUUCAGUAUUGAUUAAUAUUUUGGGCUUUAUUUAUUUAUUUCCCUCUUUUGUUCUCUUCCUUAACUAUAUAAGUUUGGUAAGACACCGGGAUUCAUAGGCGUUUGCUUGUGUUUAAAAGGAACUAAGUAAAUUAUUUUUUUGUUUACAUUUUAUGAUUGAUUUUUUUGUUUAUCGCCAAACAAUAGCUUGUGGCUUUGGAUCGAUAUUUGUAUGAACUAUAUAUAUAAUAUAUAAAGUAAUUGAUUGACAUGCUUUU